GAAAAUCGUAGUAGCUUCGUCAGCACACACACGGUGUUGAGGGACUGUGGUCAGCAAUAUAGCCCAGUAGGUCGUUGCUUAUUUGCGCGGCUAGACUACAAUCUUCACUGAUUUCUUAUGUGUGGCGUCACUUCAAGAAUGACGGGAUACUGAUAGUUGUACCAGAGAACAAGAUUUGGGUUAGGAUCAGAAGCUGACAACAUGCCUUCACUGUGCUCUGAGUGUGGUGAAAAUGCGGUCGAAGAAGACCAUCAUUUUAGUCAGGAUCACAAGGUGUGUACCAACUGUGGGAAUGUGGUAGAAGAACUCUCUUUCCAAGCAGAGAAAGAGUCGUCAGCCUGCUUUGUAUUUAGCGAUGGUUCUUACUCAGCUUCCACCGUUGCUACUGCAUACCAUUGGCAGAACAGAAAACGUAAAUCGUGUGGUCACAAAGCUGGUUUGAAAGAAAUAAGUGAGCUAUGCAAACUGAUGAAGAUGUCUUCUGAACUUCAAAAAAGAUCUACUGAGUUGUUCGAAAAGGCGUAUAAUAUAGAUUGCUUUAAAAACUAUAUGACCAAGAAGAAACACGUCUUGAAUGGCUGUUGCGUGUAUAUAUCAUGCCGUCAGGAAAACUGGCCUGUUACGAUUGCAUUUAUUUGUGAUUUAAUUCAAUGCUCGCGUCAAGAUUUCAACUCUGUUUACAAAUCACUACUAUCACAAUUGGAUAUUCAGAUUACAAGUGUGUGUGUUGAAGAUGUUGUUAAACAUUUGCUCAACAAGUUUGGAUUUGAAGAACCUGAAUUUGUUAAUAAAACUAUGAAGGUGCUUCAGCUGGCAAAAGAUGCUUGGAUUAGCUCUGGGCGUGCGGCUGAACCAGUCGCCACAGCUGCUGUGUACAUUGUUUGGAAAUCUCAGAUUAAUGUUAGUGUCAAAAAUGUUGGUUUCAAAAACUUCUGUGCUGUACAUGGCAUUGGUAGUUAUUGUAACAUCUUAAAGAAAGUCAAGGAAAUCCAGCAAACGCUUUUGAUAUUAGCACAUCAAAUACCAUGGGUUGAUAAUAAAAUGGUCACACAAAAAAACAUUUCUAGUUACUUGAAUGAAAUUUUAAAUUACGAGAAGUCAUUAAAAUCAAGAGCAUUAGAAGCACAUGCAAGUGAGAGUGCUGAUGAUGUCCUUGAUGAACCGAAGAUGAUUUUUGAGCCACCAUGUUAUAAGAAACGAAAACGAGAGGCUGAACCUAUACAUGUUGAACCUGACUGUAUCUCAGUCUCCAGUUCUCCAGAAUUAACAGAACUAGAUAUUCCUGAUUCCGAAAUGGAUCAGUAUUUGAAAACGCCGGAAGAGGUAGCAAUGUGUUCUAACAUGUAUGAGAUGAUGUAUGGAACGCCAAAUGAUAAAUAG